UUGCGCUUCUGUAUUAUUCCUGCAUGUUUUUCUUCUGCGACCAUACACACUCCUACUGAGUCACGAGAUGCUCCUGCAGUCUAUCAACGGAAGAGCGCGCGAAGCUGGAGGCAGCGAAGAGGAUGCGUGCGUCUCCCGUGGACUUCAUUGCGUGUUUGGGAAUGUUUUUAACUAGGGUGGAUUUCCUACACUUGAACAAAUAAUUGUUUCCCAAGAUCACACCUACUGAAUUGAAUGGUUAUGAGUCCCGAGAAUUAUCAUGGAAUUGUUGGAAAUUCUGGAAAAUUAUUUUUUUGCAACCAUGUAUGAUCGCGACCAGAGAGGAAGACAGUACCAGCUUGCUCUAAUUAUAACGUUGUUGCUUUAGGUUACAUAUUCAGUAUAGGCUACUUCUGUCAACUGAAAUACCCAAAGGAACAAGGUGGAAUAGUUUUUCUUCGUCCUAUUUCUGUCCUGCAACCCACAGAAGACCUGCUGUAGUAGGCCUAUGUGUGUCAAGCAAUGGAACAGAAGUGUAUAGGUUUUUGACAAUCAAAUGUCAGUUAAAACGUACUGGACUGAGACGGUGAGUGAGAUUGCCUAGCAGUAGCAGCGAUGUCUCGACUGUACUACAGGAGGACAGACAACUCCUCCUACAGGGACAGGAUCGCUCUGAGGAUUGUCAGGGCCGAGUCUGAACUGUCUGGCCUGGAAAGGAACUACCUGGGAGCAGUGGAGAAAGGAGACUACGCCUCAGUCAAACAGGCUCUAGAGGAGGCAGAGAUCUACUUCCGGAUCAACAUUAACUGUAUAGACCCGUUGGGCCGCACAGCUCUGCUGAUCGCUAUAGAGAAUGAGAACCUGGAGAUUAUAGAGCUGCUGCUCACCUAUAACGUGUACGUCGGUGACGCUCUGCUACACGCCAUCCGUAAAGAGGUGGUGGGGGCCGUGGAAAUGCUGCUCAACCACAAGAAGCCCAGCGGGGAGAAACAGGUUCCUCCCAUUCUUUUGGACAAGCAGUUCUCUAACUUUACUCCUGACAUCACACCCAUCAUCCUGGCAGCUCACACCAACAACUAUGAGAUCAUCAAACUGCUGGUGCAGAAGGGGGUGUCCAUGCCCCAGCCGCAUGAGGUGCGCUGUAACUGCAUGGAGUGCGUGUCCAGCUCUGAUGUGGAUAGUCUGCGUCACUCCCGCUCUCGUCUCAACAUCUACAAGGCCUUGUCCAGCCCAUCACUCAUAGCUCUCUCCAGUGAAGACCCUUUCCUCACAGCCUUCCAGCUCUCCUGGGAACUACAGGAACUCAGCAAGGUAGAGAAUGAGUUUAAGUCGGAGUAUGAGGAGUUAUCUCAGCAGUGUAAACAGUUUGCCAAGGACCUGUUGGACCAAACCAGGAGUUCCAGAGAACUAGAGCUGAUCCUGAACUACAGAGACGACAUCAACCCUCUACUGGAUGAGAACACCAACGACCUGGCCAGACUCAAACUGGCUAUCAAAUACACACAGAAAGAGUUUGUAGCCCAGCCCAACUGUCAGCAGCUGCUUGCGUCUCGUUGGUACGAUGAGUUCCCUGGAUGGAGGCGUCGUCACUGGGCAGGGAAGUUCCUAACCUGUGUCUUCAUCGGCCUCCUCUUCCCCCUCUUAUCCCUCUGCUACCUGGUCUCUCCUAAGAGCCGCUAUGGACUCUUCAUCAGGCAACCCUUCAUCAAGUUUAUCUGCCACACAACGUCAUAUCUCACCUUCCUGUUCCUGCUGCUGCUGGCCUCCCAGCACAUCGUCUCUACAGACCCCAACAGACAGGGGCCGCCUCCUACGGUUGUGGAAUGGAUGAUACUACCCUGGGUACUGGGCUUCAUCUGGACAGAGAUUAAACAGAUGUGGGAUGGAGGGUUCCAGGACUAUAUCCAUGACUGGUGGAACCUCAUGGACUUUGUUAUGAACUCUCUGUACCUGGCUACCAUCUCUUUGAAGUUCGUUGCCUAUGUCAAGUACAGUGGCUUCAGGGCCAGGAACGAAUGGCAGAUGUGGCAUCCUACCCUGGUAGCAGAGGCUGUGUUUGCCAUUGCUAACAUCUUCAGCUCCAUCCGCCUCAUCUCUCUGUUUACAGCUAACUCCCACCUGGGACCUCUACAGAUCUCUCUGGGCAGGAUGCUGCUGGACAUCCUUAAGUUCCUGUUUAUCUACUGCCUGGUGCUCCUGGCCUUCGCUAACGGGCUCAACCAGCUCUACUUCUACUACGAGACAGACGAGGGACUGAAGGGAUGCAAGGGCAUCCGCUGCGCAACACAGAACAACGCGUUCUCAACGUUGUUUGAGACGCUCCAGUCGUUGUUCUGGUCUAUCUUUGGGUUGAUCAGUCUGUAUGUGACCAACGUGGAGGCAGACCACCAAUUCACAGAGUUUGUAGGGGCCACCAUGUUUGGAACCUAUAAUGUCAUCUCUCUGGUGGUUCUACUCAACAUGCUGAUCGCCAUGAUGAACAACUCCUACCAACACAUCGCUGAUCAUGCAGACAUUGAGUGGAAGUUUGCAAGAACCAAGUUGUGGAUGAGUUACUUUGAAGAGGGGGGGACUCUGCCUUCUCCAUUCAACAUCAUCCCUAGCCCCAAGUCAAUCUGGUACUUCAUCUGCUGGAUCAGGAAACACAUCUUCAAGAUCACCAGGGCCAAGAAAACAGAAACAUUUGGAACCAUAGGGAGACGGGCUGCUAUAAACGUAAGAAUAAACCACCAGUAUCAGGAGGUUUUGAGGAACCUGGUGAAGAGAUAUGUAGCAGCCAUGAUCAGAGAUGCCAAGACAGAGGAAGGACUGACUGAGGAGAACUUUAAGGAGCUGAAGCAGGACAUCUCCAGCUUUAGGUAUGAAGUCCUGGGGAUGAUGAAGGGGAAGGUGGGGCCUGGGGGUGGGGGCGUGGCUCUAGCAGGAAGUAAACCCAGUGAAGAGGCAGGGGCCUCCAUUCUGGUCUACCCUGACCACUCCUUCAAGUACUCCCCCAAGUUCUCAACAGCUAAGACCAACAUGUUUCCCGACACCACGUCCAUACUCCAGCAGAGGGUAGCCCCUUCCUCCACCUCCUCCUCCACAUCCCCUUCCACCUCUCAGGGCUUGAACCGACUGGUCAACGGCUCUGUGGUACCCUCUUGGGCCUCCACUGACACCUCCUCCAACCCCACCUCCUCCACUCCCAUCUCCUCUUCCUCCUCCACUCCCAUCCAUGCCUCCACCAAAGACAAGCUGGCCAGGAAAGACUUUCCAAAAGACAUCUGUGACUUUGGGCUCUACUCUGUGUCUGAGGAGAUGGGGGAGGCUGACCUGGAGGUGCUGGACUGUGAUGGAGAGAAGGAGGAGCAGGGUGGAGCGAGGGAGAGGAUGUGUACAGAGAAGGAAGAGAACGAAGGGAGGGGAGAGUGAAGAGAGAGAGUCCAUGUUAAAAAAGACUGUUGAGGAUGAGACUGAUACGUAGAAGGACUUACCGUAUCUCACAUAAGUGAGUACACCCCUCACAUUUUUGUAAAUAUUUGAGUAUAUCUUUUCAUGUGACAACACUGAAGAAAUGACACUUUGCUACAAUGUAAAGUAGUGAGUGUACAGCUUGUAUAACAGUGUAAAUUUGCUGUCCCCUCAAAAUAACACGACACACAGCCAUUAAUGUCUAAACCGCUGGCAACAAAAGUGAGUACACACCUAAGUGAAAAUGUCCAAAU